CCUCCGGGCAGCCCCGAGCCCCCCGCGCUGCUCACGGCGCCCCCUGUCGCUGAUGCCAGUCUCGGGGGCCGAAGCAGCCCAGGCGGGGCACCCUCGGGGUCUCCGGGACCCGGUUCUGUGGAGGAUGUUGGGGGCCGAACGCCACCGGAGAGGACGAUUCUCGGGACCCCCAGGGAGCCUGGCUUGGGCGAACAGCCCCGGCUCCUGGUGGUGGCUGAGGAGGAAGAGCUGCUGAGGGAGAUAGAGGAACUGCGUUCGGAGAAUGACUACCUCAAGGAUGAGCUGGAUGAGCUCCGUGCAGAGAUGGAAGAGAUGAGAGACAGCUAUCUAGAAGAGGAUGGUUACCAGCUGCAGGAGCUCCGGAAAGAGCUGGACCGAGCUAACAAGAACUGCAGGAUCCUGCAGUACCGACUCAGGAAGGCGGAGCAGAAGAGCCUGAAGGUGGCAGAAACGGGGCAGGUGGACGGGGAACUCAUCAGGAGCCUGGAGCAGGACUUGAAGGUAGCCAAAGAUGUGUCCGUCAGAUUGCACCACGAACUGGAAACUGUGGAGGAGAAGCGUGCGAAAGCAGAGGACGACAAUGAAAGUCUCCGGCAGCAGAUGAUUGAGGUGGAGAUAUCCAGACAGGCCCUUCAGAACGAGCUGGAGAAACUCAAAGAGAGUUCCCUGAAGAGAAGAGGCAGUCGGGAAAUAUACAAAGAGAAGAAAACCGUUAGCCAGCAGAAUGGUGGAGUGGAACACCCUGGGAACUGCAGGUCGGCCACCAAAACCCAAAGGAAGCUGGCACCAAGGCGUCAGGAUGACAGCGCGGACCUGAAGUGCCAGCUUCAGUUUGCCAAAGAGGAAGCCUCCCUGAUGCGCAAAAAGAUGGCCAAGCUAGGGCGGGAGAAGGAUGAGCUGGAGCAGGAACUGCAGAAGUACAAGACGGUCUACGGUGACGUGGACAGCCCGCUCCCCACAGGGGAGGCCGGCGGGCCCCCCAGCACCAGGGAGGCGGAGCUGAAGCUUCGGCUGAAGUUGGUGGAGGAGGAAGCCAACAUCUUGGGCCGGAAGAUCGUGGAACUGGAGGUGGAAAACCGUGGCCUCAAGGCAGAGAUGGAGGACUUGCGGGUUCAGCACGAGCGCGAGGGAACGGGCAGGGACCACGCACCAGGAAUUCCUACCUCACCCUUCGGGGACUCGCUGGAGUCCUCCGCGGAGCUCCGCCGGCACCUACAGUUUGUGGAGGAAGAAGCCGAGCUGCUGCGGAGGUCCAUAUCCGAGAUCGAAGACCACAAUCGGAGGCUGACCCACGAGCUGAGCAAGUUCAAGUUUGAGCCUCACCAGGAGUCGUCAGGGUGGCUCGGGGACAGCGUAUCUAAGGGUCCCGGGGCCAGUGUUCCCCUGCAGGAGGAGCUCAAGUCGGCCAGGCUGCAGAUCGAUGAGCUGAGCGGGAAGGUACUGAAGCUGCAAUAUGAGAACCGGCUGCUGCUGUCCAAUGUCCAGCGGUGCGACCUUGCUGCACACCUGGGGCUGCGUGCCCCGAGCCCCCGAGACAGUGAUGCCGAGAGCGACACGGGCAAGAAGGAAAGCGACGGGGAGGAGGGCCGCCUGCCCCAGCCAAAGCGGGAAGGCCCUGUUGGAGGGGAGAGUGAUUCAGAGGACGUCUGCGAGAAGACGUCAGGCUUCGGGAGCGGAAAGCCUUCAGAGGCCAGCGAGCCGUGCCCAGCAGAGCUCCUGAGGGUCCGGGAAGACACCGAGUGCCUGGCGACCAUAAAGCAGGAGGCCCAGCGGCUUGAGCGGACGGUGGAGCGCCUCAUCACUGACACGGAUGGUUUCAUCCAUGAUUCAGGCCGACGGGGCAGUGGGUCGGCCUCGCCUGGUGUCCCAGGUGAAGGUGAGGGCGGCCAGGACGAGCCCCACUUGUUGGAGACCAUCAACGUGAAGAUGCGGGCUUUCAGGAAGGAGCUACAAGCCUUCCUGGAGCAGAUGACCCGGAUUGUGGACGGUCUGUCGCCCUUGUCCCACCUCACAGAGUCCUCCAGCUUUCUCUCCACUGUGACUUCUGUGUCCCGGGACUCCCCCAUCGGGACCCUGGGGAAGGAGCUGGGCCCAGACUUGCAGUCCAAACUAAGAGACCAGCUGGAGUGGCAGCUCAGUCAGGAUCGAGGGGACGAGAGAGAGGGCCUGCGCCUCCGAGCCAUGCAGCGUGCUGACGGGGAUCCCGGGAGCCAGGGGCUGGGAGGCCAGAGCUGUUUCAAUCUAGAGCUCAGGGGCUCCCCCGUUUUACCUGAGCAGAGUGUGUCGGUAGAAGAGCUACAGGGUCAGCUCGCGCAGGCGGCCAGACUGCAUCAAGAGGAGACAGAGACAUACACAAACAAGAUCCGUAAGAUGGAGGAGGACCACCUCUAUGCUCUGCGGUGGAAAGAGCUGGAGAUGCACAGCCUGGCCUUGCAGAACACCCUCCACAAGCGAACCUGGAGUGACGAGAAGAAUCUGCUACAGCAGGAGCUCCGGUCCUUGAAGCAGAACAUUUUCCUUUUCUAUGUCAAGCUCAGGUGGCUGCUGAAACACUGGCGCCAGGGAAAGCAGAUGGAGGCAGGAGGGGAGGAUUUCACGGAGAGUGAACAUUCAGAGAAUGCACCUGGGUUUGCCGAGCUUAGCGUACAGGGGGGUCACCAGACCGAUGGAACAUACCAAGAGGACCCUGACCGAGGCUGCAGCCUUCUGGUGGGAGAGCAUGCCCCACACUCCCCGGGACAGAUCAGCGAAAAUGGAUCUCGGCUUCAGAACGCAGAAGGGGGACCGCUCAACCGGCAGGUGGUGGAAAACCAGCAGCUGUUCAGGGCCCUCAAGGCCCUGCUGGAGGACUUCCGUUCUGAGCUUCGGGAGGACGAGCAUGCCCGGCUACGUCUGCAGCAGCAGUAUGCCAGCGACAAGGCCGCCUGGGACGUGGAGUGGGCAGGGCUCAAGUGCCGCCUGGAGCAGCUGGAAGAGAAGGCUGAGAAGAGCUUGGGAGAGCUCGACUCCUCUGUCGAGGGCAAAGGGGCCUUGAAGAAGGAGAGAGAGGUCCACCAGAAGCUGCUGGCUGACAGCCAUGGCCUGGUCAUGGACCUGCGCUGGCAGAUCCAUCACAGAGAGAAGAACUGGAACCGUGAGAAGGUGGAGCUGCUGGAGCGUCUGGACAGCGAGCGGCAGGAGUGGGGGCGACAGAAGGAGGAGCUGCUGUGGCGGGUGGAGCAGUUACAGAAAGAGAACAGUCCCCGGAGAAACGGCAGUUUCCUCUGUGGUCAAAAGGAAGACAACAGCCACCUUUUUCCACACCAUGGAGGCCUCCGUGCUCCCCGACCGGUGUCCAUGUGGCCCUGUGCAGACACUGAAUCCAUCCCAUUUGAAGACCGGCCGCUUUCCAAACUAAAGGAGUCAGACAGGUGUUCGGCCAGCGAGAACCUGUACUUGGACACUUUGUCCCUGGAUGAUGAACCAGAGGGUCUGCCACCCCUCAGGACCUGCCUUGCCGAGGAAGAAGAAGAAAGUCGCAAGGGAAAUCUUCAAAGGGCUGUUUCUGUGUCCUGUAUGUCUGAAUUCCAACGUCUGAUGGACGUCUCCCCAUUCCUGCCUGAGAAGGGCCUGCCGUCUGCCAGCAGCAAGGAGGAUGUCACUCCACCACUGUCUCCUGAUGACCUCAAGUAUAUCGAGGAGUUCAACAGCAAAAAUUGGGACUACACAUCCCCCAAAGCUGGGACCGAUAAGCCUCCAGAUCGCUGGGCAGACAGGACCGAGGUGGGGCGGGUAGGACAUGAGGCCACCACAGAGCCUUUCUCUGACUCCUCUUGGUACCUGACCACAAGUGUCACCAUGACGACAGACACCAUGACCAGCCCAGAGCACUGCCAGAAGCAGCCACUGCGGAGCCAUGUCCUCACCGAGCAGUCCGGAGUGCAUGUAUUGCACAGCCCCCCUGCUAUCCGUCGGGUUGACAGUAUUGUGUCAGGUGGUGAGGGCAGGAGCCGCGUGGAACCUGAGGACCCCUUUCCUACAAGCAGAGCAAGAGGGAACCUGGCAGAUUCCAAGGGAGGUCACCCAGAACCUGUGCUCAACAGGUGGCCUUGCACCCCACCCAGACACCCCCGAGACUAUGUGGAGGGGUCCCUCCUCCCAUUAGACAGACCUGUCUGCCCUUCCCUGGGGUUCACCUCCUCACUGCACAACCUAGAUAUGUCUAAGAACAUGAGUGAUGACAUGAAGGAGGUGGCCUUCUCCGUCAGAAAUGCCAUCUGCUCUGGUCCCACCAAGCCACAAGUCAGGGAUAUGGCCUGUCAGACCAAUGGGUCCAGGACGGCAGGGACACAGACUGUGCAGGCAAUCAGUGUGGGCCUGCAGACUGAGGCCCUACGUGCCAGCGGUGUCACCAGCAGCCCCCACAAGUGUCUCACACCAAAAGCCGGAGGUGGCACUACGCCUGUGUCUUCUCCUUCCCGAAGCCUUAGGAGCAGACAGGUGGCCCCUGCCAUUGAGAAGGUGCAGGCCAAGUUCGAACGCACCUGCUGCUCUCCAAAGUACGGUUCUCCCAAGCUUCAGAGAAAGCCCCUCUCAAAAGCUGACCAGCCAAAUAGUAGGACCUCCCCAGGCAUGGCCCAGAAAGGGUUCAGCGAGUCAGCCUGGGCCCGAUCCACCACCACCAGAGAGAGCCCUGUGCACACCACCAUCAACGAUGGUCUCUCCAGCCUCUUCAACAUCAUCGACCACAGUCCUGUCGGGGUGCGAGCUGGGAGUCGUUCUCGCUCAGCAGAGCCUCGGCAGGAGCUGGGUCCAGGCCAGGAAACGGGCACCAGUUCCCGAGGAAGGUCCCCCAGCCCCCUAGGGAUGGGCUCGGAGAUGUGUAGGGAGGGUGGGGGAGAGAGCACGCCAGUGAGACAGGACUUAUCUGCUCCUCCUGGCUGCACGCUCCCUGAGAAUGUGGCCCGGAUCCUCAACAAGAAGUUGUUGGAACAUGCCUUAAAGGAGGAGAAGAAGUUAGCUGCCCAUGGCCCCUUCGGUCUCCCCAGCGACAGUCACACCGGAGAAGCAGGACCAGCUGAACCAGGGUCCAUGGAGGAACUACCGUGUUCUGCACUUGCGCCAUCCCUAGAGCCCUGCUUCUCCAGACCAGAGAGACCAGCAAACCGCCGCCUUCCAUCCCGUUGGGCCCCGCCUUCCCCUACUGCCUCACAGUCUCAGUCACCCGGAGACCCAGUGUCCUUGGAGGAGCAUGGUGAGGAGGAGCCACCAGAGGAGAAGCCACACCUGUGACAUGACCGCCAGCUUGCAUGGGUUAUCACCGGAAUACAUCACUAUAAUUUGCAUAACCGGACCCUCACCUUCAACCAACCUCUACCCCAAAGGAAGGAUGUAACUUUCUCAAGAUCAAAGGACUUUUUUUUUUUUUAACAAAAAAACCUGCGGCUUCUGAAUGUUCAACCUGGUAAACCGAGAUGUUUCGGGAAUGAAACAGUAAACGUGCCUGUAAUAAUUUUUUUCAUAGUCCAGAAAACUAUUUUUGUCUCCAUCUUUUUUACACACAAUAUAUUAAACAAAAAGGGUAAAUGAGGUAUAAAUCGAUGUAAGACUUUUAAAAUGUACAUCUUAAGGGAUUCCAAAACACCCUUGUUCGCAACCCUGACUGCCUCUGUUAAAUUUGCACUGUUCCCUUGUGGUUGGGUUUCUCCAUGUUGAGUUCAGAGUGUUCCAGGUUAAAUUUUAUUUUGUCCAGAGUUAAUUUUUUAAGAGUCUUUUUUAGCGCUUCAGACUGUCCAACUCAGUGAACUUUUUGUAGUGAGAAGGCCAUGAGGCCAAAGCCAUGAGGCCAGAAGGCCAGAGUGUGUGUACUCUGGAAGGAUGGAGGUCGACAUUUCGGUGAAGGUACGGAGCCCCUCAGAUGGAUUUAAACCCACUGUGUGACCCAUGCACGCUGCCUACCGCACAUCCUUGGGCGUCUGUACAUACACUGCUCUGUCGCUGCCCUUACCUGCGUGUGCGUCGGCCUGUCCCGCUGUAACUUGUCGUGAAGUUCCUUGUACUGUACUGUGACCGUUGGUCCCCCUGUACCAACGAGACAACAGCAUCAUUUUUAAAUUAUUGUUAAGACAUUAACUGGCAUUGUACAAAGCUCACUCAAUAUUUUCUUGUUUAAGGAAAAGCACUACAAAAAAAAAAGUCAUGAGGAUGCCAAAUUGAGACAAAUGAUGGUGCCUCAGAGUCUGUCUGAGACCAUGAUGAUAGAGAAAUAAAGCCCUUACAAGGGAGAAACAAGG